AAAUACUCUCAAACAAUCAUGCCAGAAAAUGAGAAAGAUCCAGCUCAUCCUGGGAGGAGCAAGAGCAAGAUUACCGCAGGUAAAACAUGUCUUGAAAUAAAGAGUCUCAGAGAGAAGGCGAGGGCAUUAACAAUUGCAGAAAAUGUCAGACUGCAAGGGCCGGCAGAAUUUGGCGUUUCCAAGAAAGCAGAACAUCUUUAUGAAAGUAAAACAACAAAUACAGAUGAGGUGAACAAGGGCAUCUACUUCAGCUAUCCAACUCGACGACACAGCUGUGCUUUGGUAAACAUCCCUACACCAUGUGUCAACAAAAUGAUUGCCCACAUUGAGGAUGCAGAAUCCAAACUACAGGAGCAUUUGAAACAAUUUGAAGCAUCUUUCGAAGAAUGGACUUCUACCACUAAAGAUGUUAAAGAAGAUUCGGGUGUCACUGCCCCAAUGAAAGAUGUCCGCCCAGGAAAAGCAAGGGAUAGGAAGUGUCCAGAGCUGAAAAAGAAAAUGGAGGCAUUGUUAUCGGAGGCCAUUCACCUCAUUAAAAGUCUGGAAACAGACAGGGCAGAAGCAGAACAAGCUUUAAAACAACAAAAGUCAAGAAAGAAAAGGAUUAGCAUGAAAAUUGACUGUUGGUCCAUAUGGAAGCUCCAAGAACUCCCAACGGCUGUGCAGAAAGAACACGAGCACUUUUCCAAAGAUAUCGCAGAGCUGAACAGCCAUAUUGAAGACACAGCCCAAGUGCUGGAGCAUCUGGAGAAGCAGAAGAAGAUGCUGGAACAAGCCAAUGCCAAGAUCCAGAAGGACAUUGACUACAUGACUCACCAUGCCCCCCUGCUGGAGUCGAAACGGAAGCAGGAAGUAGAAGCUCUGAGGGACCGCUAUCACAAAAAGUUUGAGGUGAUGGAACUAUUUAGGGAUGUUCAUGAAAAGCUUAAGGAGUCAAUAGAACAAUGUGAAGGUGCAAAGUCAAAGUUGAAGCAAAUAAAAGAAGAAGAUGAGAAAGACAUCCUCCAAGAGGAAACAAAUAUAGAAACCUACAAGAAAGAGCUAGGUAAGCUUAGCAACCUGCAGGCCCACUACUCAACCUCAAUUGAGUCUGUGAAUAUUCACAUUGAAGAGGAUGAGGAAACCAUGACUGAGAUGCUGAGAGAAACACAGAGCACAACAAAUGAAGUAUCAAAUUUACUGAAAACAGUAGAUGAUUUGAAGAGAGUGUUUGACCAAUAUUCCUGGAAGCAGAAAAAUUUUGAGCACCAGUACAUGGAGUCACUGAAUAAUUAUUAUUCUGCGAAAAAAGCAUGGGAUAUUGAGCUUUCUGAUAUUUCAAAAGACUACACUGAUGUUUCAACAAAAUAUCUGGCAUUGUUAGAAGAAAACAAAAGACUCCAAGCUGAAAUUGACAGCCUCACAGAUCAAAUCACAAGCAGUAUAAGGAAGAAAAUGGAAUAUGAGUCUGAAACCCAGUCAUUGCUGGACCUGAAGAUAAAGAAUAACAAUUACCUCAGACAGCUCUACAAACAGACAUAUCAAGUUGGGGCUGUUUUCCACCUAGCUAAGCAUAAAACAGAUGAUUUGGAAAACAAAAUAGCAGACUUGAGAAGAAAAUUCAAGAGAAGAGAGGAGUUCCUGAAGAAGCUCACACGAGCUGAAAUGACAACUGGGUUGGAGAUUCAGAAAAGAUUAUUUUCCAUUGAAGAAAUGCAGUUCUUGGAGAUGCAGGAGUUUAUAAGAAGAAAAGCCCUCUAUAGUACUGCACUGACAGAAGUCGAGCUGCCACUGCGCCAGAUAGAAGCAGAUGUUGUACGAAUCAGAAUUCUCCACCAUCAACACUCGGCAAUGCUUCAUGAGAUACGGGGGAAGAAAGAACUUGUAAGACGGAAAGUAGAGGCAACAAAGAAAAAGCUACAAAGAAAGAGCAAGAGAAGUCGUAAGGAACUCACACAAACUGAGGGAAAACAUUCACUGAUUCAUCAAGAAAUAGAGCUAACUAAACAUAAAACAGUUGUUCUCAAUGCAAAAAGCAAAGAACUGGGUAAAGAGAUAAAAGCAAUGAAACUGGAAAAAGUAAAUUAUGAAGGUAGACUUGAAAAGCUGAACGAAGAGUUCUUCAAGCUGAGAUUUGACAGGGAACACGCACAGGGUGUGUAUGACCAUCUCAAGCAGGAGAAGCAGCACUGUGAAGAGAGGAUCUUUGAGGAGGAGAGGCGAUUCCAAAAGCUUGUGGACAUGAGAAAGAGCACCCUGGCCGAUAUACGGAAACUUCAAGAAGAGUCACUGGCAGAAAACUUGCGAUUGGCCAAAGAAUAUCAAAGCAUACAGGCGAUUUUCUUGAAGGAGAAGGAAGCCUUCUUCAAUGGCUAUGACAGACUGCUGUCACUCAAUUUUUCAGUCUGUGACAAGAAAAAGCUCUGUCAGCUUCAAGAAAAGCUGGACAAUCAAUGGCAAGAAUACUUCAGACUGGUGAUCCUUUUUAACCAGAACCGGCUGGCCACGUUCCAGGGGGAAUCCCAGGACAGCAUUCAGAAAAUAUUAGCGGUGCAGGAGGAAUCUUCAAGUCUGAUGCAACACAUCUUAGAUUUCUUCCAGACUUUGACAGAUGGUUCAUGUGGAAAAGAUGAUUAACCAAACAACCACUGUAUCCCGGAAACUGGAAUAAAAGACAGGAAAAGUCACACAGUUCAGAUAACAGUGUAAUUGGACAUUCACCUGUUUGCCAUUUCACACUUCCAUGGACGAAGAGCUCACUCACCUCCCAGCAUGCUUUGCCACUCUCCUACUUGCAGC